AUGACAAACGCAAUAAAAGUCGAAGGCUACCCGUCUAUGGAAUGGCCCACGUCCUUAGAUAUCCCAUUAAAAGCUUCGGAAGAAUUGGUCGGUAUCGAUUUAGAAACCGAUUUACCGGAUGAUCCCACCGAUUUGAAGACUCUGUUAGUCGAGGAAAAUUCUGAAAAGGAACAUUGGUUGACCAUUGCUCUUGCUUAUUGUAACCAUGGGAAAACAAACGAAGGUAUUAAGCUGAUUGAAAUGGCCCUAGAUGUUUUUCAAAACUCUGAAAGGGCUUCAUUACACACUUUUCUGACUUGGGCACAUUUGAAUUUAGCGAAAGGACAAUCGCUUAGUGUGGAAACAAAAGAGCAUGAACUCACACAAGCUGAAUUAAACUUAAAAGAUGCUAUUGGAUUCGAUCCUACAUGGAUUGGAAAUAUGUUAGCCACGGUUGAAUUGUACUACCAGCGCGGUCAUUAUGACAAGGCUUUGGAAACCUCUGAUCUUUUUGUAAAGAGUAUUCAUGCUGAAGACCAUAGGUCUGGUAGGCAAUCCAAACCCAAUUGUUUGUUUUUACUGCUAAGAGCGAAAUUACUUUACCAGAAGAAAAACUAUAUGGCCAGUCUGAAAAUUUUCCAAGAAUUGUUGGUUAUAAACCCUGUUUUAAAACCAGAUCCUCGUAUUGGAAUUGGUCUGUGCUUUUGGCAGUUAAAGGAUCCUAAGAUGGCCAUCAAAUCGUGGCAGAGAGCUUUGCAACUAAACCCAAAGAACACGAGUGCCUCAAUCUUAGUAUUAUUGGGUGAAUUCCAUGACUCUUUAACCAAUUCUACAAAUGACAAAACUUUUAAGGAGGCUUUUGCAAAGGCGUUGACUGACCUGAACAAUAUUUUCUCCGAAAACCAGCAUAAUCCUGUUUUAUUGACACUAUUACAAACUUAUUACUACUUCAAAGGUGAUUAUCAGACUGUUUUGAAUAUCUAUCACCACAAAAUUUUAAAAAUGAGCCCCUUGAUAGCCAAAACAGUUCUAUCGGAAUCUUCAUUCUGGUGCGGUAGAGCACAUUAUGCAUUAGGUGAUUAUCGUAAAUCAUUCAUCAUGUUUCAAGAAAGCUUGAAAAAAAAUGAUGACAAUCUCCUCGCGAAAUUAGGGCUGGGUCAAACUCAAAUAAAAAAUAACUUGUUAGAGGAAAGUAUCAUUACGUUUGAGAAUCUUUAUAAGACAAAUGAAAGUUUACAAGAAUUAAAUUAUAUCUUGGGUAUGCUUUAUGCGGGCAAGGCCUUUGAUGCUAAGGCGGCCAAAAACAUUCCUGCCAAAGAACAAAGCAACCUAAAUGAAAAGGCCCUAAAGUAUUUAGAGAGAUACCUAAAAUUAACGCUUGCUACAAAGAAUCAAUUAGUUAUUUCCAGAGCUUACCUUGUCAUAUCCCAACUUUAUGAAUUACAAAACCAAUAUAAAACUUCAUUGGAUUAUCUUUCCAAAGCUUUAGAGGAAAUGGAGUUCAUUAAGAAGGAAAUUCCGCUGGAAGUACUCAAUAAUUUGGCAUGUUAUCACUUCAUAAACGGUGACCUUGUGAAGGCCGAUGAUCUCUUCAAACAAGCGAAGGCAAAAGUUAGUGAUAUGGAUAAAAGUGUAAAUAUUACACUUGAAUAUAACAUUGCUAGAACCAAUGAGAAAAACGAUUGUGAAAAAUCGGAAUCUAUAUAUUCCCAGGUGACGUCUCCACAUCCAGCUUAUAUCGCAGCAAGAAUAAGAAAUCUAUAUCUCAAGUUUGCACAGUCAAAGAUUGAAGAUUCAGAUAUGAGUACGGAAAUGAAUAAAUUAUUAGAGUUAAAAGAGUCUGAUCUGGAGAUCCGGUCAUUUUAUGGCUGGUACUUGAAAAAUAGUAAGGAAAGAAAAAACAAUGAAAAGAGCACAACUCAUAACAAGGAAACUUUGGUAAAAUAUAAUUCCCACGAUGCAUACGCCUUAAUUUCUUUGGCUAAUUUAUAUGUGACUAUCGCCAGAGAUGGAAAGAAGUCCAGGAAUCCAAAGGAACAGGAAAAAUCAAAGCAUUCUUACUUGAAAGCCAUUCAGUUAUAUCAGAAAGUUUUACAAGUUGAUCCUUUUAAUAUUUUCGCUGCUCAGGGUCUUGCAAUCAUUUUUGCAGAAAGCAAAAGGUUAGGACCCGCUCUGGAAAUAUUGAGGAAAGUAAGAGACUCUUUAGACAACGAAGAUGUUCAAUUGAACCUUGCCCAUUGCUAUCUGGAAAUGCGUGAAUAUGGUAAGGCCAUCGAGAAUUAUGAACUAGUUUUAAAAAAAUUUGACAAUGAAAAGACAAGACCACAUAUUCUGAACCUAUUGGGUAGGGCUUGGUACGCACGUGCUAUUAAAGAAAGAUCUGUGAGCUUUUAUCAAAAAGCAUUAGAAAAUGCUAAAACUUCUUUAGAUCUAUUUGUUAGAGAAUCUUCUAAGAGCAAGUUCAUCCAUAGCGUUAAGUUUAAUAUUGCUUUGUUGCAAUUUCAAAUAGCAGAAACGCUAAGAAGAUCAAAUCCCAAGUUUAGGACGGUGCAACAAAUCAAGGAUUCCUUAGAGGGUUUGAAGGAGGGUCUGGAACUGUUUAGAGAAUUGAAUGACUUGAAAGAAUUUAAUAUGAUUCCUAAGGAAGAGCUAGAACAGCGUAUUCAAUUGGGUGAAACCACUAUGAAAAGUGCAUUAGAACGUUCUUUGAACGAGCAAGAAGAAUUUGAGAAGGAACAAAGCGCCAAAAUUGAUGAAGCCCGUAAAAUCUUGGAGGAAAAAGAAUUAGAAGAGCAAGAAAGAAUGAAACAGGAGGAGGAAGCCAAACGUUUGAAGUUAGAAAAACAGGCGGAGGAGUAUAGAAGGCUACAAGACGAGGCACAAAAGUUAAUCCAAGAGCGUGAAGCCAUGGCUAUAAGUGAACACAAUGUUAAGGAUGAUUCAGAUCUUUCUGACAAAGACAAUGAAUAUGACGAAGAAAAACCAAGGCAAAAAAGAAAGAGAUCGACGAAGACAAAAAAUGACGGUGAACCCAAGAGAAGGAAGGCUGCUAAAAAGACUGUCUCUGAUAGCGACGAGGAUGAAGAUGAUGUGGUGAAAAAACCUUCCCACAAUAAGGGCAAAAAAUCUCAACUAUCGAAUGAAUUUAUUGAAGAUAGUGAUGAGGAGGAAGCUCAAAUGAGCGGUUCGGAACAAAACAAAAACGGCGACAACGACGACGACAAUGAUAAUGAUGAUAACGAUGGGUUGUUCUAA